AUGGAUAAGUUACAUAAGGUUGAGGUGCAAAAUGGACCCAGUGAAUAUAUCAGUGAUAUUGUACUCAUAGAUGAGAAAUCACAAUUCCUAGUAACCGCCUGGGACGGAUCUCUAUCUCAAUUUGAAUAUAACCCUAAUUUAAAAGAGGUCAGACUGAUUAAGAAAGUGGUACAUGAAUAUGCAUUGUUGUGUUGUUGUUAUGCGUUUGUGUUGGGCAAAUUGAGAGUGUAUGUUGGGACUGUUCAAGGAGAAAUAUUUCUUGUUGAUUUCGAAAAUAGUGAUUUUAAACCCGUACUAGGUAACAGUACCCAACUGGGAGUAUCUAAAAUGGUGAAUGUCGGGAAUUAUACAUUUAUUGCCAGUUCUUGGGAUGGAAUUUUACAGGAGAUUGACAUGCAAGAUAAUGCGGUUAUCAGAACGACAAAAUUAGAGAAUAAUACAAAAGUACUCGCGAUGGAUUGCGUCAAUAAUCUCCUAAUACUGGCAUUGACCGGGAAAAAAAUACGAUGGCUCAACUUGCCAUUGAAUAAUAACGAUAGGGGAGAAGUUACUGAAGUGGAGACUGGCUUAAAAUACCAAGUCCGAGAUAUAAAGUUGACGUUAGAAGGUGAUGGGUACGUGACGAGUAGCAUUGAUGGAAGGGUAGCUGUGGAAUAUUUUGAAGAUGAUUCCAGGAAUUUUGCAUUCAGAUGUCAUAGAAUGAAUUUAGUGGAUAUGCAAUUUGUAUUCCCCGUGAAUUCUUUGGCAUUUAGCCCAGCUUCACAUUUAUUAUUUACUGGUGGAUCUGACGGAUGCGUUUCGUUAUGGAAUCUGGAGACACACAAGAAGAUUAAGCAAUUUCCCAAGUUUAAUGAAAACAGUGUCGUUAAGCUGGCCUGUAAUGAGGAUAUCCUGGUUGUCGGAACUUCAGAUGAUUCCUUUAAGACGAAUGCUGUGGUGGCGGAACCACUUGAGUUACAAUCAAGUAGAUUAUAUGUAUUAUUUAAAGAAUGA